AGCAAGAGCUGUGAUUGGAGAGUAAGGUUGAUGACGUGUUUUCACGGUCUUCGGUUCGCCGUAACGCCGUCUGCUUUCCUUUUUCCACUCAGAUUGUCGCGGUAGGUUAACGAAGGCAGAGGUUCAUCUUCAACUAAGAAAAUGCCUGGUCCUGCAGCAAGCGCUACCAAUGUUGGUGCAUCCAGUCGAUCCCCAAGUAAAGCAGUAGCACCAAGGUCUGCAGGGUCUACAGUAAGGCAAAGAAAAACUGCAAGUAGCAGUACAAGGAGUGCAGGGCGUACUACAUCAGCAGGUACGGGAGGCAUGUGGCGGUUUUACACUGAAGAUUCACCGGGACUUAAAGUUGGACCAGUUCCUGUUUUGGUGAUGAGUCUUCUCUUCAUUGCAUCUGUCUUCAUGCUGCAUAUCUGGGGCAAAUACACACGUUCAUAGAAUACUUCCUAUUUCUGAAAAUCACCAUUGAUAAUGGACCAAACAUUUGCAAAUUUGCCCCUCCUGGGACUGAAGUUUAAAACUGAGAAAUCAGUAGGAACAAAUGCUUUUAUGUGUCUAUGGUGGUUUAAUAUAUAUUAACAUGACUCCUUGUAUUUUGUAUAACAGUAAAACAUCUAUACUGUUAGGGAUCAUGUUGUUUAUAGUCUUGGACUAUACAAAAUAAAAA